AUGUCCAAUAAGGAAGAGAAACGGGCACGCAAAGCCGCGAAGGCUGCUGCGGAACAAAUGCCAGAAACCCAGCCCGACACCACUAUGGCCAACACUACAGACUCGACAACACCGUCAAAACGCAAGGCAUCAGUCGAAGAGCUCGAGGUCGACCUCGCAGCGCCUGAGCCCCCUUCAAAAAGAGCCAAGCGCGCGCUCAAAAAGGGAAAGUCUGCGACCGCGCCCAAGAAACGAGACGACGACCGCGAUCUCACCAAGGACGAUCUCGAGGAUGACGCUCCCAAGGAGCAGCCACGGGGCGAGCACGGGGUCUGGAUUGGCAAUCUGCGUUUCACCGUCACACCACAGGAGCUCAAACAAUGGCUGGUGGAGAACUCGGGCGGUGUUGUUACUGAGGAGGGCAUCACCAGAGUGAAGCUGCCCAUGAACAAGGACAAGGGCGAUGGCUAUGGUGCGCGGAACAAGGGCUUUGCGUAUGUCGACUUUUCAGACCUUGGUCAAAAGGUGGCCGCCAUCGCGCUUUCGGAGACCGAGUGGAUAGGGCGGAAACUCCUGAUCAAAGAUUCGACAUCCUACGAAGGGCGGCCGGCGAAGCCAGCCGAGGGCGCAGAAGAGCUACAAGACCAGAAUGAUGCUUUCAAGAAAGUGGCCGAAGCUAGCCGGAAGAUUUUUGUUGGCAACAUGAGCUUCCAGACCACCGAGGAGGACGUGUACCGCCAAUUUGAAAAGUGCGGUGAGAUCGAAUUCGUCAAGGUGGCUCAGUUCGAGGACAGUGGAAAGUGCAAAGGGUACGGCUGGGUCAAGUUCAAGGACCCGGAAGCGGCCGCGUGGGCGGUCAAGGGCUUCGUCAAGCUCCGGGAACCCAUCGAGACGGAAGAGGACUUCAACGAGGACUCGGGGGAUGAGGAGGAGAGGGAGAAUAAGAGGAAGUACAAGACUACAAAGUGGUGGGUGAACCGCAUGUUGGGCCGCGAGCUGAAGCUGGAGCUAGCGGAGGACGACGCUUCAAGAUACAAGAAGCGGUUCGGCAAGGACGCGCCAAAGGAUGGCGACGGCAAGCCUGUGCAGCCGAAGAGAGAAAAUGGUCCUGGGAGGGCACAUCGGAAGGACGCCGUGGGUGGGAAGCCCAUGCGCGAGGCUCAGGACAUUGACGUGGCUCGCUUGACGGGUGCGGUUGUCAAGUCGACAGGAACAAAGGUCACUUUUGACUAG